AUGCAGUUGCAAAAAAAAUUGAAUCAAUUUCAUGAAGAUAACUCAGGUCAGUAUAAACCUUUUAGUCAACAAGGUGACGCUGAUUUAAAGAAUAUUCUAUUACAAAUUGCUGAAACACAAAGUCAAAUUGCUCAAAAGAUGUCACCAACUUUUCAAAUAUUCUCAACUAGCGACACAUGUAACGCUAUCCCAUUAUUUGGUGGGAACAAAACAGAUAACGCCACGGAGUGGAUCAAACAAGUCGAGAGAAUUGCAUCAUUAGCUAAUUGGUCACAAAAUUUAAUGCUUGUAAACGAAUCUACUAGAUUGAGAGGUCCAGCCCAAAAUUGGCAUAAAGUAGUAGGUAAAAAUAUUAACAAUUGGAUUGAGUGGAGAGAAAAAAUUAGUGAACAUUUCAUGAAUAGAAUGUCUUUUGCUGAAUUUAUUAUGUACCAAUCACAAAGAACUCUUAAAUCAACUGAAACAAUCUGUGAUUACAUUUAUAUUAAAAAUGCUAUGUUGGAGAAGUCUUCGACUAAAAUUCCAGAUGCUGAUCGUGUAUCACUCAUCCUGAAAGGUCAAAGUCAAAGAUAUAAGAUGGUCAACUCCUCUUGCUGUACAGUGCUGCAAGGAAGUGGCAGAGCUAAUUAUGCAUGCGAUGGCAUUGGAUGUAGUAAGAAAAGUACAACAAUCUGA